AUGUUAUUAUCGACGGUCCGCCAGCGGGCGCGUCUCAACUCCACGUAUCUUAGUUCUUCCGCUCCGAAACCACAAGAAGUUCAUCAGGCGAUCGACACAGAGAACACAAAACACGAAAACGCCACGAUUCUGAGUCUGUGUCGGAACGAGGAUCUGAACGGGAUCAUCACGUCAAUCCAAAAUCUGGAGGACCGUUUCAACCGCAAUUUCAAGUAUGACUGGGUGUUCCUCAACAAUGUCCCCUUUUCGGAGGAAUUCAAGACAAAGGUUUCCAGCAUGGUGUCUGGCGAGGCGAAAUUUGGCCUCAUUCCUGAGGAGCACUGGUCGUACCCUUCGUUUAUAGAUCAGGAAAAAGCCAAGCAGGAGCGCGAGCGGCUGGCCAGCAUGGGAAUCAUUUACGCCGAUUCUGAGAGUUAUAGACAUAUGUGCCGGUUCAACUCGGGCUUUUUUUACAAGCACCCGCUCUUGCAGCAGUACAAAUACUACUGGCGCGUGGAGCCGGACGUGGAUUUCUACUGUGACGUCGACUACGACCCGUUCAGGCUGAUGCGCGAACAGCAGAAAAUAUACGGCUUCACCAUCUCGAUCUACGAGUUCAGAGCCACGAUAGCUUCGCUGUGGGACACGGUGAGGGCGUUUCUGAGUAUGAAUCCGGAGGCACAGCACUCCAACUCUCUCGUGGACUUCAUCUCGGACGACAGCGGCGUCUCGUACAACUUGUGCCACUUCUGGUCGAAUUUCGAGAUCGCAGACAUGGAUUUCUGGCGAUCCCAGUUGUACGAGGACUUUUUCAACUAUCUGGACGCUUCGGGAGGCUUUUUCUACGAGCGCUGGGGAGACGCGCCUGUGCACUCGAUCGCCGUGUCGCUGUUUGUCGACCGCGACAAGAUCCACUUCUUCGACGACAUAGGGUACAACCACGGAGUGUACUCGAUGUGUCCGCUGGACGACAAAGUGUGGAUCAACAACCGAUGCAGCUGCAACAAGGACUCGGACUUCACGUUCCGCGGCUAUUCGUGCGGCCAGCGGUACUACAAGGUCACGAAUCGCGCGCUGCCUCCGAACUGGAAAGCUUAUGCGGAUCUAUAGCUUUUUUUAGCAAUCGCCAAGAACCUAGCACGAAGCCGCACACUGAUUCUCCAUCGUAGCAGAAGGUGCUUUUUUUUCCACCCUCCUCGACACGCCGCACGUGCACCAGGAACACAACCUUCUAAGCCCGCGUUCCUGGCGUGCUGGCCGGUCCAAGG